AUGCAUAAUUAUGUUACAGAUAAUGGUAUAAUCAUUGAGUUAUUCACUAAAUUACAACCUAAUGAAAUUCCAAUCACAUAUGAGAAUAAUUUGAAUGCCUAUUUCAAUGGAUGUGGAGCAUCAGAAACUUCAGCUUUCGAAUCAUCUCAAAUUCCGUUCAACAGUACGAGAACAGAAGAAGAAUCUACUAACAGUAGCGGUGAGGCAACAAAUGAUCCAGAUUUUACUGUGCAAGAUAGUACUGUAAAAGAUAAGCCAAGUAAAAAACACAAAAAAAAAGAAAAAGUUGAAAAACCGAAUCCUCUCGAUAAAAUGGGCAAGAUUAAUUGUGAGGGAUUAGAAGCCCCAAACUAUGAUGACAUUACUGUCACAUGUAAGGAUAAUAGUAAUGAAAAACGAGUCAGAAUAAAGCAUCUGUGUCCUUUUUGUGGUAAAGAUCAAGUUCAGCUCAAGCGUCAUUUAAAAAGGAAGCAUAAAAACAAUCCUGAGGUGAUCAAAAUGUUAAACAAAACUAAAACGAAUGCCUUCAGUAGAGAACCUAUAAAAAAACUGCUUUACGCUGGAGAUUAUAUCCAUAAUGUUAACGCUGUGUUAACCAAUAAUCAGUUUAGAGUAGCACGAGUCCCUACAAAAGAAAAUCACGAAGCAUUUGACUAUCUUCCAUGUUCAGAAUGUAAAAGGAUGGUACUGAUACCGUCCUACACAACACACUCGAGUAACUGUUUAGGAGUAGCUGCAGAGAGCACACAUGAUCUUUUGAAAAUGGGAAAAAGGAUGAUGCCAGCAUGUCAUCAAAAAGCGAAUGAUAUUUUGAGGCAAAAUAUAUUGGUUUCAGUUAGACGUGAUUCAGUGUAUAAGGCUAUCAUCUAUGAUGAAUUACUGAUAGAAUACGGAAAUGAAAUAAGUUUUCCGGAAAAUAGUUUGGUGUUAGUAGGUGUCAUUGAAAAGAUGGCUAACAAUGGUCACAAAGUCAUAGAGUACCUUGCUCACCCUACGGUAGCACAGAAUCUAUAUGGAUUGAUUAAAGCUGUUACCAAUACACAUAAAAUAAUGUGUAUCAAAGAGAAUGACCAAGAUUCUCAAAAGAGAGCGGAAGACUUUCUUUUAUGCAUAGUCAAUGACUACAAGAGAAGACUUAGUAGAGUUGCCGCUGAAUCUCAUGGCAAUGCUGGAAGGCAUAAAAUAGUUUCUAUGCCAUCUCCUGAUGAAAUAAAUAUUUUUCUUAAUUUUAUUAAUGAUGAGAUGGUUAAGGCUCACAACAGUCUUAAAGAUGAAUAUAGUUACGAUUCAUACAUAAAACUUGCUAAACUAACAUUAACAUCCCUACAAUCAUACAAUCGACGACGUCCUGGGGACGUUGAGAGAAUCUUAAAAGAUGACUGGAAGUGCUUGAAAAAAAUCGAUGAGUCUAUAAGAACAUAUGAUGACUUACAUGAAGGGUUACAGGACUUUUCCAGACAGUAUGCUCUCUUAACUACACGAGGAAAACUUGGUCGAGAUGUACAACUUUUGGUUACUCCUCAAGUUCAAAUUUGUGUCGAAUUAUUGCUUGAAAAUCGUUGUCAUCUUAUCAUUCAUCCCACAAAUAAUUACUUAUUUGGUUUACCACAGACGCCAUUAAACAAGAUAAGACACUUAUCAGCAUACAUUGUUCUGAGAAAGUUUGCCAUUAAAAGUGGCAUACAAAACCCCUUAGUGUUCACUGCUACGAAACUUCGUAAGCAACUUGCAAUGGCAUGUAUAAAGAUGAAUCUUAACGAUGCAGGACUAUUAGAUUUAGCACGAUACAUGGGGCAUAGUAAAGAUGUACAUAUCUCCAACUACAGAACGAACAUAGUAGAAAGAGAUAUUCCUUUAUUCAUCAAGUUCAUUAAUACAGCACUAACUGUCACUAGCAACGAAAGUGAGGAAGAACAAAUGGGCAAGUACUAA